ACAUGUAUGCCUUAUUAAUGUUGAAGUUAAUUUCAUUGUUUAUUUCAACAGUACGCAAUAUUUAAAAUAUAUGGCAGAAUUUUUUAAAGGUGAAAUUGCCGUUUUAAAUUCAAUCAUCAUAUAUCACUGUGCAUUAAGACUCUUUCGUCUCUUUCGCCAUUUACUGAUCGCUUGGAAUGUAACAAGAGCAUUUCAUUGUUUUUUUUAGAGAUGCAUCUCAUUGUGUAAAUGUGGCGACUGCCUUUAUGACGUCACUCCGUUUGGCGUAAGGUGCAGCCGAGCGUCUCCGAAUCCACCCGAAGUGUUCCGAACCGUCCGUCCAGCCGGACUGUUGGAAUCAGCCGCAGCAACGCCAUGUUGAGUCUCCAUCAGAAAAUCUUGAUGAUCACUAUGAGAAAUUCCUUCAAUACGACUCGCUGAUGUGAUGUUAUCGAGCAAAACGGAGGUCAUCUGAGGACAAGGAGAGCGUAAGAAAAUUUCGACCAGGGUGGCAGGAGGGGGAUACGAACCCUCUUACCGUCCCCAUGCAUAGAGCACCUACAGCUCCCGACUUCAGUGAUAAAAUGACUAUUUUGUUCUACUAACAGCCAGAUCUGAUGAAUCAAGUCCAUGGCAUAAGAAUAAAUAUACACGUUCCGGCCUCCGUAGAGAGAAGAAACGGUCAGAAAUCUUUAGAACGCGUGACCGUUUGCAGCUGCGUAUUGUUUGUUUUUGUUUAAAUUCCUGCAAUGAGUUUGCCACAGAAAGUCGUCCCGAAACCGACUGGACCUGUAACCGGACCGGCACCGCCAACUCAGCUCCGAGCAGCGCUGACCUCCGUGUCGUUACCACCGGGAGCUCAGAGCGCUGUUCCGCCGCCAGCCGUGCCGCCAACCCAGAUCCCUGGAGGACCGUUAUCACUCGAGGAACGCAUGUUCUCUGCCCACUCUGGGUUGACUGCUGUCUACAGUGUAUCUAGACACCCCGGCUCUCCAUAUGACCUUAGCAAAACCCACUCAAGCCUGGCGGGUACCCCUCCUGGCCAUGCCACAUCCCAAGCCCUCUCUCAGGUAUCUGUCUCUGCGCCCCCAUCAUACCGCUUCCUCAAGGGCUGGGAGACGGCCGGAAUGCCUUCAUAUAACCCAGCUCAAAAUGCAGGCUCCGCCCCCCUGAUGUUCUCUCCACAGACGCAGCAAAUGAACGUACAGCCACAGACUCGGCCGUUUGUGACCGGGCCUCGGCCGACCCACCAUCAGUUCCUCCACCGGACUCAGAUGCAAACAGCACGGCCAAACCUCCCUACCAACAGCCCUUCCAUUCGGCCAGGCUCGCAGAACCCCACGGCUUCAGUUUAUCCCCCCAACCAGCCCAUUAUGAUGGCCAUGACCAUGCCCUUCCCACCCCAAACACCCCAAUACUACAUUUCCCAGUAUCGUCAUAGUGCACCCUACGUGGGACCCCAGCAGCAGUAUGCCAUCCAGCCACCAGGGUCUGGAACUUUCUACCCAGGACCCGGACCUGGGGAAUACCCCACUCCUUAUGCUACCGGGCCACCAUAUUACACUGGCCAGACAGUGUACCCCCCUUCCCCACCUAUCAUAGUGCCUACACCACUGCCACCUCCACUAGCGAAGCGUGAAAAGAAACCAACCUCCCAGAUCCGGAUCCGAGACCCCAACCAGGGUGGAAAAGACAUUACAGAGGAGAUCAUGUUUGGAACCCGGAAUCUCACUCCUCCUGGCGGGCACCCCGCAUCCACCUUAAACCCACCUGCAUGCCGCCCCUCUUCAACACCAACCCCGCCCUCAGGACACCUAUCCUCCACGCCCACUCCUUCACAGCAAAGCAACUGUCAGACACCAGAACAAAUGGCAUAUAUCAACCCACCUCAAAGACUCCGCUCUGCACCCAUGGAAAGCAAGCCCAGCCUAGAUGACAGGCCAAAUAAGAACCCCAUACAGUCUGAAUCUCCUGGACCCAGGGCUUCAGAGUCCUCUGUAGAGAAGAGUGAAGCCUUAAGUCUUCCAUUAUUAAAGACUUCUUCUCCUGAGGUGGCCCCAGCUUCCUCCAAUGUUCCUUCCAAUUCUUCAAGUGGCUGCGUUAAACCAACUGCUGCAGGAGAACCUGAACGUUUUUCUCCAACAACCACCACUGCUCUAACACAUCGGGUCAUCUCUGGGGAGGAAUCUUUUGCAGAAACUUCUAGUAUGUCUACUUUGCCCUCACCGUCCCUCAGUGGUCUCGCAGAGUCUCAAACGGCUUUACCAAGCUAUGAAGAACCUGAAGAAGCCCUGGCUCAGAUGCCAACCCAGGGUGCCUCAUCCACAGAGGAGUCCAGUCAAGAUGUACCAGUGGCCGUGGAGGAACUCCAGACAGAGCAUCUCACUUCACUAGCUGCACCUGUGCCCUCAAUAACUACUGUGCAGGCAUCUUCAAGUACCUCUAUCACCUCUUCUAUUCUUGCCCCACCACCUGGUUUGGCACCACUAGCACAGUCUGCCACCACCGAGGCACCAGAGCUGAACGAGACCUCAGAGGAUGUCCAAAAGGAGGACACUUUAGUAUCACAGACUCCGAACAACUCUAGAAAGCUCAUUCCCACAGCCCAAGCUGUUUCUGAUGUACCAAAGUCUUGGAAGAAAACAAAUGAAGAAAGUACGAUUGUGGAAACACUACAGAAUGAGAAUGAGGAUGAGGCAUCUAAGGAUGACUCUGCAGGAGAGGAGACGGUCUUACAGCCAGCCUUAGAGACCGACAGCAGUCCCUUUCCAAUGCCUGAGCACCAAGAGAAUCUCUCAGAGGAGAACGGUGAGACCGAGACAGAGUCCUUGCGGAACGGUGUGGAGACGGAGAGCACAGACAGUGGUGUUACGCUCGGGGACAGCAGGGGGUCUAUGUGUUCCCCCACUCCACUCAUGCAGGACGGUCUUGUGCAAUCUAAUGGCAAGAAGCAGUAUGACCGGGACUUCCUGUUGAGCUUUCAGUUCAUGCCCGCCUGCGUGCAGAAGCCAGAGGGACUGCCUCAAAUCAGUGAUGUGGUGCUAGACAAGAUGAAUCCAAACAAGCUGCCGCUGAGAUCGGUGGAUACCAGGCUGAUUUCUAGGGGUCCCGAUUUCACUCCCGCUUUUGCUGACUUCAGCAGGCAAAUAUCAGGAGGACGUGGAGCUCCAGUUUUAAAUGUGCGGCGGCUCCCACCACGCAAGAUCAUUGUAAAUGUUUCCGUUAAUGAUGACAUCCAGCUCAAGAAGGCAGAGAAUGCUUGGAAACCUGGGAUGAAGAGAGAAAGCCUCACGGAAGAGCCAGAGGCUAUAAAAACUCAGGAGUUGUUCCGGAAAGUUCGUAGCAUUCUGAACAAGCUCACACCCCAGAUGUUCAAUCAGCUGAUAAAGCAGGUGACGGAUCUCACAAUCAACACGGAGGAGAGGCUCAAAGGAGUCAUUGACCUUGUGUUUGAGAAGGCCAUCGAUGAGCCCAGCUUCUCUGUGGCUUAUGCCAACAUGUGUCGCUGCCUGGCCACGCUAAAGGUGCCCACGACAGACAAACCCAAUACAACAGUAAACUUCCGGAAGCUGCUACUGAACCGGUGUCAAAAGGAAUUUGAAAGGGACAAAGUGGAUGAUGUUGUACUGGAGAGGAAAGAAAAGGAGCUAGACUCUGCCACAUCAUCCACAGAAAGGGAAAGACUUCAAGAGGAGUUUGUGGAGGCGAAGGACAAGGCCCGCCGUCGCUCCACGGGAAAUAUCAAAUUCAUCGGCGAGCUGUUCAAGCUCAAGAUGUUGACGGAGCCCAUCAUGCAUGACUGUGUGGUCAAGCUGCUCAAAAACCAUGAUGAUGAGAGCUUAGAAUGUCUUUGCAGACUCCUCACCACCAUUGGUAAAGACCUUGACUUCGAGAAAGCCAAGCCCCGUAUGGACCAGUACUUCAACCAGAUGGAGAAAAUUGUGAAAGAGCGCAAGACAUCGUCACGGAUACGGUUCAUGCUUCAGGAUGUGAUAGAUCUGAGACUGCAUAACUGGGUGUCCCGGAGGGCAGAUCAGGGCCCCAAAACAAUAGAACAGAUCCAUAAAGAGGCCAAGCUGGAGGAACAGGAAGAGCAGAGAAAAGUUCACCAGCAGCUUUUGUCUAAGGACAUCAAGAGAAGGCCAGAUCAGCGAGAUCAACGAGAUCAGCGCCCGCAGCGGGAAGAGACAUGGAAUACUGUGCCCACCACUAAAAACAGCAGGACCAUCGACCCCACGAAAAUCCCCAAGAUCUCCAAGCCUCAAAUCGAUGAAAAGAUUCAGCUGGGUCCACGAGCUCAGAUCAACUGGAUAAAGGGUAGCAGUGGUGGAGCCAAAACCAGUGACUCUGAGUUGGCGCGCUCUGCCGGUAGCACACCGAACCGUUAUUCAGCACUGCAGUCAUCCACGAAUCAUCCCAGCUCACCUCCAGUCCAGAGCUCCGAUUCUGAUUCCAAACGCUCACUUGGACGUCGAGGCAGCACUGGUCGUGAGCGCAGUGACAAGCCUGUGAGUUUAGGGCCAUCUCGACCAGGACUCUUUAGCAGAGGGAGCAGCAAUAAGGAGCUGACAGACAGCACGGCUCCUGAGGAAUCACGCAGAGAGGGGCCCGACUCGCAACCCACACCUCGCAAAUCCAGCAUCUCGGAGGACAAGAGUGAGGCAGAUAACAGCAGAGCCACAGAGACAAAGGUGAAAUCAGAGCCGCUGGUCACUAACGUUUCAGAGAAUCCUGUCCUGACAGAGGAGGACAUUGAGAGGAAAUCCAAGUCCAUCAUCGAUGAGUUUCUGCACAUUAAUGACUAUAAGGAGGCAGUGCAGUGCGUAGAUGAGAUUGAGCAGCCCUCUUUGCUGUGUGCGUUUGUCCGUAUGGGUCUGGAGUGCACACUAGAGCGCAGUCAGAUUGCCAGAGAACACAUGGGACUGCUCUUCUACCAACUUAUUCAGAAGGGCAUCCUACCCCAUUCUCAACUCUACAAAGGGUUUUCAGAGAUGCUGGAGCAGGCUGAUGAUAUGGCCAUAGAUAUUCCUUUCAUUUGGCUUUAUCUGGCUCAGCUGCUCUGUCCACUUCUUAGAGAGGGAGGAAUCGCCAUGAGUGAGCUGUUCAGUGAGUUAAGUAAACCGCUGCUCCCUGUGGGAAGAGCUGCCAUCUUAUUUUCUGAAAUACUGCACCUACUAUGCAAACAAAUGAGCCAUAGGAAAGUUGGAGACUUGUGGAGGGAGUCAGGGCUCAACUGGAUCGACUUACUGCCUGAGGGAGAGGAUCUUAAUGACUUCAUCUCACAACAGAAAUUAGAGUUCACCGUGUCAGACUGCUCCUCUACUUCUCCGGCUCCAGCUAAACCCAACCUCACUCUUGAGGAGCUCUUCAAACAACUGGAGCACCUUCUACUAGAGGACAUGGCUAGUGAUGAGCAGAUAUUUGACUGGGUCGAGGUUAAUUUGGACGAAUCUCAGAUGAGUUCCUCUUCAUUUUUGCGAGCUUUAAUGACCGCUGUAUGUAAGGCAGCAGUAAAAGAUGAGAACACUUCCUGUAGAGUGGACACUGCUAUUAUCCAGCGACGCCUGCCUAUAUUACAUAAAUAUCUUAACUCCAAUACUGAGCGGCAGCUACAAGCACUAUAUGCUCUCCAGGCUUUGAUCGUCACCCUAAAUCAACCACCUAAUCUACUCCGAAUGUUCUUCGACUGUCUUUACGAUGAGGACGUUAUUUCCGAGGAUGCUUUCUACCAAUGGGAAACGAGUAAAGACCCCGCGGAACAGCAGGGAAAAGGAGUAGCUCUAAAGUCGGUCACCGCCUUCUUCACCUGGUUACGAGAGGCGGAGGAGGAGUCUGAGGAUAAUUGACAUAAGCAGGUGCCGACGCCCAGAGGCCCCCUACUGACCCAAACAAUGAACUGCAACUAAAGAAGACAAGCUAUAGACAAACUUAACUCCUGCAGACACAGAAAUGGCCAACGUGCUCUGCAGGAUGUCUUUGAAACACUUGGACAUCUUGAGCUGGAACCUUCGACAACAUGGAGGGAAUGCGAAUACUUGUACCAUAUAUAUAGAAAAUAUUUUUGUUUUAAAGUUUGACUUUUUUUUUUCUUUUGUUACUUUUAAAACAAGAGACUUAAAUAGGUUCUGAACUCUUUAAUUUAUUAUUUUUUUAAAAGACUGCAAAUAUGGAGUUCUAUUUAACAUUUGCAGGCAAGAAGAACAUUGAUAGGAAUAACGGAAUGAACAUGUUGUAUAUCAAUAAUAUGAAUUUUGUUUAAUUGUAUAAGCAGCCAACCUGGAUUUCAUGUGAUUCUCCUUAAAACAGGGUAAAGAUUUCACCUCCAAAAGAAAUGAACAAAUAAAAUGUUUUCUGAAUGGGAAGGAGACUGAUAAGAUUGCUCAUGUUUUAAGCUACCUACCCAUCACUGAUCCUUCUGCUUUAGGCUUGCUCAGUGACCUUUCCAAAUAACAAGCGUAAGACAGAGAAUAAAAAUGAAAAUGCAUCCUGCACAGAAUGAAAAUAAUAAACACCUUUCAAUCAACAUGUAACUACCUGUAUGCAUUGAAGGUGAAAUGCAAGCACUAUUGCAAGUCAGAACAUUGCCAGGAUUUCUCAGUGUUCUUGUAAUGAAGACCUGCAGAGGACAUGUAAAGCUUGUAAAUACAUUAAAGACGGAAA